GAUAGCGUGAGGAUCGGCGGGCCGAGACGCGCAGGCCCAUUGAUCUCCCGCCGCAUCGACCAACUUUCCAACAACCUCACGCCCCUCCGGAUAAUGAUGACUGUCCCUGAUGCUUCUGUCUUUCAACCACACUCCUUUACUCUAUUUUAAUGUCCCUCCAAUCCCUUCUUUGCCGUCUUUUGGUGCUGCUCGUCCCGCUGGCCGUGACGAGCAGCCUGUAUCUGUAUCUGUAUCCCGUCGUCCACGGGUGCGCCUUUCCUCUGCCGCAGCAUGACUCUCACUCUUUCUCCGAUGCCUUUCUGGCCACUGUGCGACAGCAUAUGCCCAUAGACGCUGAGCCCGCACCAGCAGCGCCAUUUCGUCUUCUCGUCCUUGCAGAUCCUCAACUAGAGGGAGACAGCUCGCUACCUAAGGCAGAGGAUGAGCUGCCAGCGCGUCUGCGACUCCACUGGGGGCAGAUACGGGCUGCCCUGACCUCUCCAGCUCUCCCUCUAAACUCGAGCUCGGCCACUGAUGCUGACGCCCUGCACUCCCUCCUCCACACCGACCUCCCCCGCACCCUCAAAGCCGCGCGCAAACGCCUCGACCUCCUGGGUAACGACUACUACCUCGCGCACAUCUACCGCACCCUCCACUGGUGGACACAGCCCACGCACGUCACGGUCCUCGGCGACCUAAUCGGGAGUCAAUGGGUCAGCGACGAGGAAUUCCAGCGCCGAGGCCACCGAUACUGGGGGCGAGUGUUCCAGGGUGGUGUGCGGGGGGACUCGUUCAUCCCUUCUUCUGCUCCCCCUGCCGACACCGACGAGGACGACGAGGACGAGGACGACGACUUCGCCCUCAACCCCACCACCCAACCCUCCCGCUGGACCAACCGCCUCCUCAACAUCGUCGGCAACCACGACAUCGGAUACGCGGGGGACGCCAGCGCCGCGCGCAUCGCCCGCUUCGAAGAGACCUUCGGCAAGGUCAACUGGGACGUGAAAUUCUGGCUCAACACGUCCUCAUCCUCAGCCUCAGCCUCAGCCUCAAAGCACGACGCAACCCCAAAAAUCCACAUCAUCAACCUCAACUCCCUCACCCUCGACACCCCCGCCUACAGCCGGGACAUCCAGUCCGCCUCCUACGACUACCUCAACGCCCUCAUCGCCGACCGUCUUGCGCCGGUCACCGACCGCUCCACGUUCACGUUGCUGUUGACGCAUCUCCCGCUGCACAAGCGGGCGGGCGUCUGCGUGGACGCGCCGCAUUUCAAGUUCUUCGAGGAGGACGACGAUUCCCCAGCCGGGGAGGAGAAAAGGUGGUUUGCCGGUGGGCUGCGCGAGCAGAAUCAUUUGAGUGAGUGGGUGAGUGGGAAUGGGGUGUUGGAGGGGGUGUUUGGGAUGAGUGGGGAUGGCGCGGUGGAAGGCGGCGGGUUGGGGAGAAAGGGGUUGGUGUUGACGGGGCAUGAUCAUGAGGGGUGCGAUGUUUUGCAUUUUGUGAGGUGGGAUGCUGCUGCUGCUGCUGCUGCUGCAGACGCAGACCCCGAGCAGAGGGACUGGCAAUGGGACGCCAAACGCUACUCCUCCGCGCAGGAGGCCGCGACUACUACUUCUACGUCAACGCCCUCCAUCCGCGAGGUCACCAUGCGCUCGAUGAUGGGUGCGUAUGGCGGGUACGCGGGCUUGCUGUCCGUGUGGUUUGACGUGGACAAGCAGGAGUGGGAGUAUGAGAUUCAGAUGUGCGCGGCCGGGGUGCAGCACAUCUGGUGGGCGGUGCAUGUGGUGGAUCUGGUGGCUCUCGGCGUCGCGGUCGUGGUAGCAGUCCUACUCCUUUUGACAGCGGUGCGGUCGAAGAAGCCCCAGGAACGGAAAGACGAUGUCAAGACCCGACCUGAGAAGGUCAAGACAUAAGUUCAUAAAAGAUAUCAUAUAUAUAUACACAUUUAUAUAAGCCUCAGACAUC